ACUGGUUUAAUUGCGUUUACCUACCAAUCUGUAGUGCACAGUUUCACAUGGGUUUCACUACGCCGUUGAUGUGAAAAACAGGUGAAUCUGUGCACUACAGAUUAGUAAGUAAGCGCAAGUAAACCUGUGGUACCUUGCCUACUGGGUAGUCCAUCUCCGAAGGGGACCCACUCCACCGCCCCGGCUCGCCCAGGCCCUGGCCACACAGGUGGAAUUUCCUGCUUGGCGGGUGCCCGGCCUUGGCCGGCCGAGCGGGGGGCGGAGGCUGCUGGGCCGGGCAGACCUUUGGUACCAGACCCGGCGCGCAGUCGUGAUGGAGCCUCGAAGGGCGGGAACCCCCAGCUCCCGGAGAGGCCCAGUCCCGCCGCCCUGCCCUGUCUCCCUCUCGGGCCCUCCAUUUACUCUGGGCUAUAAAUUCAAGUCCAAAAGGAACUGGGGCACAGAGGCGUUGAUUGGGGUGAUUUGACUGCGAGGAGGGAGGUUUCUAGGGGUUUGGUGUUUUAGCCAUCCUUCCCCUCUGCAGGAGUUUGCUUUUUUCUUCUUGGUCAGAGGGAGUUUGGGGAUCUUUGGGAGUUUGGGCUGCCAUAGAAACCUGAACGGAGGAUUCCAGGAUGGGAGCUGAGGUGGCGACUUCUCUAAGAGGGGAUGGAGCUCCUCGGGAAGGUGACCUUACGGGAAGUGAUGCGGGACACUGUCGUGAGGUGGUGAGCCUUUUGGAAGAUACUGAAGCAGGAAGCUCUUUGGCAGAGAAGAACGGGAGACAGCUGGGAAGAUCUAAAAAGCAUUAAAUCUUAAAUAAUGGAGCUGGGGAUGGAUCGUUAGUUACUUUACUGAAGGAAAAACCUGGGGGCAGUGCUCAGGCAGAACUAGAAACCAGAGCUCCAUCCUCUCUGCCCAGGGGGACCCCAGACCUCCUGGAAGGUCAGUGCACAACGGAGCCGGGAGUGAAGCACCGACUAGUUCCCUGUUCUGCAGAUAAAGCACGUCCCUGGGCUCACCUCACUGCUCCUGUGUGCUCCUGCUUCCCACAACCCCCUGUUCCCGGAGCUUGGUGUUAGGCAAGUCUGGAGAUACCUCAAAUCCAUUCCUUUGCUCCAGGCAGCCUCCUGCCUUAGGGGACUUGUAAGGUCCAGACUCUGGGCCUGUGCGGCUACCCCAACCACGAAUAGCAGCUGGGUCCCCAGCUUUUGUUUUCUCCACUUUCCACCAGUGGGUUAGUGGCGUGGGCUUAGCAGCCAGGCUGUGCUGGUGUGCCUGGCUGGCCUCUGCCCUGCUUUAAGACUCACGGGACACCUUCUGUUUUCCUUUCUGUAAUUGCAGUGUUUACCAUUUCUUGAUAAUUGCCUUCUUGGGGCUCUAGGCUCCUGCCCCCUCAGCAGAGGGCUGCUGUUUGGUGUUUGUUAUUUCAAGGCUGUUUUUUCUUCCCUCCUUCCAAGAUGUUCAGUCUUCCUGACUGUCUUCUUGCUGACCUUGGAAAAGCUGGGUCGUCCUGGAGUCUUACAUGUUUCUCAAGUUAGUGUCGCUUUGAAGAAAUCAGUCCACUUCCCUUCUCUGCCCACGCUUCAUGCCCCAACUGGCUGCCGGGCUCAAGGCCGGGACACCUCAGCAUGCCUUUGAGCUACCCACAGCCAGCAGCUUAUCUCUCAGUGAUGCUGCCCCUGUGUUCUCAUCCCCUUGGUCUCCGCUCAUUUUCCUGUCUUCUGUGACACUGACCAGUUCUCUGCUCCACCUGGCCGUCCCUUCCACUUCCAAUUCUGCAGUUUCCUUCACUUGGAUUGUGCCAUGUUUUCUCAGUCCCAGCUCCAUUACACCAACUCUGUCCCUAGUCUUGAGAGUGAUGCUAAAAGUCUUGUACAGGAAUGAGACAUGAGGCAGCAUGUGCCUGAGGAAAUAGCCUUCUAUGCCCAAGCUCAUUUCCACAUCUGGAAGUCUUCAGGUAUUCCUCCCUACCCACUGGGUCUCUCUGCAGUGUGUGUUUGCAGUCAGUGAGGACAUCUCCUGGUUUGACCAUUGCUUGUAUCUACAGAAUCUUCUUGGGUCAUGAGGAGCCUCAUAGAGACACUGUUGCUUCUGGGUUCCUUGUUCCCAGCUGCUCUUGGGGCUCCUCUCCAUCUCUGUAUGGAUGGAGAAAUGCUCUGUUUGGAGGUAGUUCUAUCUGGCUGCCUCUGCCCAAGGCUGGCAACACUGGCCAUGUCCCCAUCCCACCUUUUCCCAUCAAGACUUAGUCCAGGGGGAAGUGCCUGCCGCUGUGACCUCCAUGGCAUCCAGGGCCCAGCCUCACACACUGAGUCUGGGGGUUGGUUGUGUGACCUGUCUGCGUAAGAGCAGGUGUGCAGGGUCCACUUGUUACCACCCUUAAUGAGAACUGGUAGGUGGUCUCACCAAACAUUUGACUGCCUGUGGGAUAUUUGACGAUUGUUGUGAAGCUGCUUUGACAUCCAUAGUUCCUUCUCAGGUCAGGAUUGCUCCAGGUAAGACUCAGCACCCCCAGGCAUUCGGAGACCAGGGUUGGACAGUCAGGUGUUAUGAGGUGAAAGGGAAGGCAAGGUACUGUGGGUUAGGCUGUACAGCUCUGGCUGCUCAGAGCAGUCUCUGUUCAUUGUUCAAACAUUUAUUUAUUCAGUCACACAUUCACUUUAAUUGUUUGUUAGAUACCCACUAAUUGAGCAUGUGCCAGGUUCUGGGAAAUAGCAGUGAGAAAAACCCCAGUCACCCAGUCUCUACCUUCAGGGAACACCCAGUGUGACGUGGGGUACAGGGAACUACAGUCCUGUGUAGUGACUACUAGAUUCUGAGUAAGCCCAGGGUGGGCACUUAGGAGGGGCCUCUCUCCCAGGCUUGCAGGACCAGGGUAUGCAAAUCGGGGCUGGAGACAGUCUGUGAUGUGGUGAUAAGAGUGUCCAACCGGGAUCCAGGAGGCCUGGCACUGCUGCUUUGUAGUCACAUGAUCACAGAGAUGUUGCUCAAUCUCUCUAAGCCUUCACUUCUGUGGCUAUAAAUGGGAUGACAUGUAUGUCAUAGGUUGGUUGCAAGGACUAAAAGGGAUACUGUACCUGGAAGUCCUUUGUAAGUUGCAGCAUGGUGUAUAAAACCAUACAGUUUAAGUUUUUGAGUUGGAAAAGCUUGGAGACACACAGGAAGGUGGUAGCAUUAGCAGGAUGCCGGGUGAGGAGAUGGAGAGUCUGACUCCUGGGGUGGGGGAGGCAGCCACCCUUGCAGAAGUGCCACCUGCCCUGCUGAACGUAGGAAACUCUCUGUGUUGAGUAUCUCACCCAAGGCUCCUCUGGGUAAGUUCCAACUGCCAACCUUUUAGCUAGAAGCCAGGUACUUCCCUGUUUGUGCUACCCAGGGACUCUGCCUUCAUUCAGAGAUGGGGAAACUGACCCAUAAGGAAAGAAGCUGCUGCUAUGGGUGAGAAGCCCCAGUCACCUACCAUCAAUGGGAAGCUCUUCCACACUGUCUUCAGUUUUCCAUCUCUUUGCUUGGCUUCUGUGAGAAGGACUUAACAAAGGACAUGUGGACCAAGACCACUCUAGCCAGCUUCUCAAGGCUUUCUCCCUCUCCUCCCCUGCCCCACCAAACCAAACACAAACUUUUUGAAACUUCCUUUUUUCUUUGUUCUCCCAAGCAUGUGUGGAGUGAGGGCCCCUUUAAAGGCUGUGUUUUGGGAAGGAGUGUGCAGGUGCAGGGCCCUGAGGGACAGAAUGGGGAAAGGAGUAAGCAGUGGGGAACCAGAUUGUUCUCUAGGCAGAGAUGCGGCCUCACAGGGUUGCAGAUGGACCGGAAGCCUGCGUUCUCCAACAGGAGCUUCGUCAACCCUUCCUCCCACCUUCUUCCCAGAAAGACCUGUAACACCUUCAGGUGCACUACCCCCUAGCUUGAUAGCUGUUUCUAUAGAUGAGAAGCCCAAGUCACUUACCAUCAGUGGGGAUGGUCUGAGGGUGGAUCUGCUCAGAGCCUGGGCAUGGGGUGGAGAUGCCGCCGGCUGUGGCAGGGGAACCAGUCACGCUGCCUACCCCUGGGCCUCUCUCUCUGCUCCCCAACAAGCAUGACUUCCUCUGUGGCCAGUGGCUUCCUCGUGCUGUGGUCCUGGAGUUCCCCUGGUGUCUCUGUUCCUUCUCUGCUCUGUGCUCUGCCUAGACUGUUGGCUCACGUCUCUCCUAAGAGAGGAGGUCUGCCCUUGGAAGAGAAGGGAGGCUGGAACAGAGCCUCCAAGGAGCCCAGGUCCCAGGGAUGUUGCUUCUGACAUUGUGAACAUGGCUGUUGGAGUCCGUACCUAGAAUAAUGCCAAUCGCUGCUCCUGUUUAUUGAGGAUGUGCUAUGUGCUGGACUCUGUUCCACAGUACUUUAUAUGUAUUAUGCCUCUGAGAGAUAUUUACCCAAAAGACAUGAAAGGAUAUGCCCAUACAAAGACUCACUCAGGAAUGUUCAUCGCAGCUUUAUUUGCCAUAGCUAAAAUCUGAAAACAACCCAUAUGUCCAUCAGCAGAUGAACAGAACAUGAAUGGCUUUGAGGAAGGCGUGGAGUUCCUGCCAGUCAACAACGCCAAGAAGGUGGAGAAGCCGGGCCGGAGAUGCUGGCUGGUGCUGGCAGCUGUGGUCACUGGCUUCUUCCUGCUUUCUCUCGUGGUUGGUGUCCUGGUGUGGCACUUUCAGUACCGGGAUGUGCGUGUCCAGAAGGUCUUCAAUGGCCACCUGAGGAUCAAAAACGAGAACUUUGUGGAUGCCUACGAGAACUCCAACUCCACAGAGUUUGCACACCUGGCCAACAAGGUGAAGGAAGCGCUGAAGCUGUUAUACAGUGGAAUCCCGGCCCUGGGCCCCUACCACAAGGACUCGGCAGUGACUGCCUUCAGCGAGGGCAGUGUCAUCGCCUACUACUGGUCAGAAUUCAGCGUCCCGCAGCACCUGGUGGAGGAGGCGGAGCGCGCCAUGGCUGAGGAGCACGUGGUCACUCUGCCGCCCCGUUCGCGGGCUCUCCAGUCCAUGGUUCUGACUUCUGUGGUGGCCUUCCCCACUGACCCCAGAACAGUGCAGAAGACCCAGGACAACAGCUGCAGCUUCGCCCUGCAUGCCCGCGGGAGGGAGCCGACACGCUUCGCCACACCCGGCUUCCCCGACAGCCCCUACCCGGAGCGUGCGCACUGCCAGUGGGCCCUGCGGGGAGACGCCAACUUGGUGCUGAGCCUCACCUUCCGCAGCUUUGAUCUUGCGCCUUGCGAUCAGCGGGGCAGUGACCUGGUUACCGUCUAUGACAGCCUGAGCCCCAUAGAGCCCAGUGCUGUGGUCCAGCUGUGUGGCACUUACCCUCCCUCCUACAACCUGACCUUCCUCUCCUCCCAGAACGUCUUUCUCGUCACGCUGAUCACCAACACUGAGCGGCGACACCCCGGCUUUGAGGCCACCUUCUUCCAGCUGCCCAAGAUGAGCAGUUGUGGAGGUUACUUACGUCAAGCCCAGGGGACAUUUAGCAGUCCCUAUUACCCAGGCCACUACCCACCCAAUAUCGACUGCACAUGGAAUAUUGAGGUGCCCAACAAGCAAUAUGUGAAGGUGCGCUUCAAACUCUUCUACUUGGUGGAGCCCAAUGUCUCACCAGUCACCUGCUCCAAGGACUAUGUGGAGGUCAACGGGGAGAAGCACUGUGGAGAGAAGUCCCAGUUUGUCGUCACCAGCAAUAGCAGCAAGAUGACAGUCCGCUUCCACUCGGACCAGUCCUACACCGACACGGGGUUCCUGGCCGAAUACCUCUCCUACGACUCCAGAGACCCGUGCCCUGGCAUGUUCACCUGCAACACCGGGCGGUGCAUCCGGAAGGCCCUGCGUUGCGACGGCUGGGCCGACUGCACUGACCACAGCGACGAGCUCAACUGUGUAUGUAAUGCCACUCACCAAUUCACGUGUAAGAACAAGUUCUGCAAGCCCCUCUUCUGGGUCUGUGACAGUGUGAACGACUGCGGAGACAACAGCGACGAGCAGGGGUGCAGCUGUCCAGCCCAGACCUUCAGAUGCAACAAUGGGAAGUGCCUCCCCCUGAGCCAGCAGUGUGACGGCACGGACCACUGUGGGGAUGGGUCUGACGAGGCCACAUGUGACAAAGUGAGCACUGUCACCUGCACAGAGCACACCUAUCGCUGCCACAAUGGGCUCUGUGUGAGCAAGGGCAACCCUGAGUGUGACGGGAAGGAGGACUGCAGCGACGGCUCGGACGAGAAGGACUGUGACUGUGGGCAGCGGUCGUUCAGCAAACAGUCGCGUGUUGUUGGGGGCCAGAAUGCAGACGAAGGCGAGUGGCCCUGGCAAGUGAGCCUGCACGCCCUGGGCCAGGGCCAUGUCUGCGGGGCCUCGCUCAUCUCUCCCACCUGGCUGGUCUCCGCGGCACACUGCCAUGUUGACGACAAAGGUUUCAGGUAUUCAGACCCCACCUUGUGGACUGCCUUCCUGGGCUUGCAUGACCAGAGCAAGCGCAGAGCCCCUGGGGUGCAGGAGCACAAGCUGAAGCGCAUCAUCCGCCACCCCAACUUCAAUGACUAUACCUACGACUACGACCUGGCCCUGCUGGAGCUGGAGCAGCCGGCCGAGUACAGCAGUUUGGUGCGGCCCAUCUGCCUGCCUGACGCCACCCAUGUCUUCCCUGCGGGCAAGGCCAUCUGGGUCACAGGCUGGGGGCACACCCAGGAGGGAGGUUCUGCUGCGGUGAUCCUGCAGAAGGGUGAGAUCCGAGUCAUCAACCAGACCACCUGCGAGAAGCUGUUGCCGCAGCAGCUCACUGCCCGCAUGAUGUGUGUGGGCUACCUCAGUGGGGGCGUGGACUCCUGCCAGGGCGACUCCGGGGGCCCCUUGUCCAGUGUGGAGGCCGAUGGUCGCAUCUUCCAAGCCGGAGUGGUGAGCUGGGGCGAAGGCUGUGCCAGGAGGGACAAGCCCGGCGUGUACACCAGGCUCUCGAUGUUUCGGGACUGGAUAAAAGAGCAGACUGGGGUGUAACAGCCAGUCCAUGGACCACCCCAGCAUGCAGACCCACAGACUGAGGACAGUGGCUGGCCUGCGUACUCCUCAGACCCUCCAGGGCUGAGACUAUGAACUGAACCCCCAGGACUUAGGUGGUGAACCCCCAGAUGGUGAAUCCUCAGAUGAUGAACACUAAGAUGAUGAACCUUUGGAGGUGAACCCUCAGAUGGCAAACCCCCAGAUGGCGAACCCCCAGAUGGUGAACUCUCAGAUGGUAAACCCUGAGAUGGUGAACACUCAGAUGGCGAACCAUUAGGUGAACCCUUAGAUGAACCUCCAGAUGGUGAACCCUCAGAUGGUGAACCCCCAGAUGGUGAACUCGCCCGAGGCCCUCUGCCUCCCUAGGCCUCCACGUGGGGCUGAGGGGUGGGAGGAGGAGCACCAUGGCAGUGGUUGGAAGACAAGGCCCCAAGCCGGCCACUCGCUCCCCUGGAGAUCCACUGCUUUUGUCUCUGAGAAACAGCUGUACCUUUGCCUCUAUGGCCUCUUUGGGGCAGGGGGAGGGGGGUG